UCUCCCCCAUUUACCGCCUGCUUUAUGUCUCCAUGACAACGAAACGCUUUAUGGGGCCAAUAGAUCGAAGUUGCUCCUCACCGCACAACUAGUUGUAUGCAUUUUGUGUUUUAAUUCACGUUUGAUCUUCAAGAGGAACGCUCAUGUCGCUCCAUUUUAGUGCGAAUCAGUUUGAAGAUGCUUACGCACCGCAACGGCUCGGCAAUUGGCAAGUGCCAAAGAAUUUUCAAGAGCGGCCCCGGAUUCGUCUUGGCGCAACCCGGACGGUUGCCGAUGACAAUGGUCAUUUUGUUGGAGGCCUCCCUUCAAGCGGACGGAAGAACAAUAACCACCAGCUAAGAUUUCAGAGCGCACCAUUGCCAAAGACCAAUCAACUAUUUAUUUCUGGUUCGGCGGUGUCGACGGCCAAACCAGCCAAGUUCGCCAAUAAAGGUAAUCAGCCGUCGGGUGGAUCGAAUGAAACUGCAUCGUCUCGAAAAAUUCAAUCUUCAGUGGAAAACGAACAAGAGUUACGUGAAGAAGACGAGGAGAGCGGAGACAACGAUUUGCGGAGUGGGAGGGACGAAAGCCAUCUGCAACUUUUGAAACCUCUGAGCAAACUUUCUUCAUCCAUGCUUCCAGAAAAUCCGCGUAAAGCGGCCAUGGUGCUGGCCGCUCGCCAAAAAAAUCAUCGACCAUUGCCGGAUUUGAUUCUGGAGUCACGAGAUGUCCUCAUUCCUCGCAACUGGAAGGGACCGGAAGCCUCAGCCAUGACGGUAGAGACGACCAAAGCCAAGGGACCAACCUCAUGUACCAAACGGACUGUAGUUCGCUUGCUCCCCGAAGGUGAAUCGGUGAUAGACCAUCAUCCAAACGUCAUGGAAUUAGCAAUCAAAUGGGACGUAACUAGUCCACCGUCUAGCGCAAGAACGCGAAAUAUUAAUCUUGCUGCUGCUAAUGCCAAACCCGUUGAAAAGACACUUGAAUGGCUCUAUGACGCUCCGGUCAUCCACCGCUCAUUCAGUCGACCUGAAUUGAGAAACCAACCUGUCAACAGCUCAACUAGUCAAGCUCAAAAAUCGUCUCCUGCCGACUCAGCCCAUGGAAGUGCACGUUCAAAUGAUAGUAUGGCUUCGGUUAGAAGCCGUCAAUGUCCGCUGAAGAAUACGGAGACGACCGUCAACCGAAACCGAUCAGAGUUAGGAUCCGAACCGGAAUCGACCAACAAUAGUCCGCGUUGGGCGAAAGAUACCAAUAAGGUGGCGCUGACGGGCCUUGAAGAACCAAGCAAGACCACGUACAGAUCUGCCGUUUCUUCCGCAAAUCCACCGAAGAAUCACUUUCUCGUUUCGACUUCCGCUUUCGAGGCCAAGGCAAACGAACGGAGUGAGCCAAUCAUGUUACCAGAAUAUCCACUUCAACGACGAUCACCUACCCUUCAGUCAUUGGCUUCCAAAUCUUUCCCUACUGAACCUAAACAAAAUAUCCAUCAGUCCCCAUUUCCGUUGAAUGAAUACCCGCCGCAGCACACGGAAUCUACUACUUCAGCCCAUUAUCGUGCUCGAGAGUUUCAACAAUCACCGCAACAUCAGUGUGAUCACGAUUCAGGUAUCGGAGAUGUACAGGACAGGGCAGACAUCGAAGAAGAGGAAUACGAAGACCGGCACCAAGAUCCGGACAACGGGAUUCGUCAUUCCGGUCAGUUACAACGCAGUACUUCCCGACCUUGUUUGGCUUGUCAUUCGUCACCGCAACCGAAUAAUAAAACCAUGAUUAAGAAUCAUAAGAAGGCGCCUUACAAACAAGCCAUGAAAGCAGGAAAGCCUUGCCUCAAAAACCAAGUGGAGUUGGAAAAGGUGAUUCAGCGUAGGCAAAGUUAUCGAGCUCCCAAACCAGCUCCGCUAAGCUCACACGCACGUCAUAUCCGCGGCACAUUGGCUCCCCCGCUGUCGGCCGGCGUCGGGAACGAACCAAUUGUCGAUUAUCCCGAUUUCAAACGACUGGAUUCGACUUACCGUUUGUCGUACGGCGUUCACACGCAAACGCAACGUCGACUUCCGAAGACGCUAACAGCAUUAUUGAACGAGAAGAACUGCCGGCAAUGGAGGUCAUAAAUAUCCCGUCUGCAGGGGUGCCCCAAUAUCUCUAGUCAAUCGCUAUCAAACACUGCCACUUCAUUAUGUCCAUCGUCCUGUUCUUUAUAUGUUUUAGUUGAAUAUGAUCAUCGUUUAAUCAGACUUGCUAACAAAUCCAUGCACGUUGUUUCGUCCAUUUUGGAUCUUCAUAUUUUUCAGCGUUCUUCGCGAUUUCACUUUUUAGCUCAACAUUAUUAUCUUGUCACCUCUUUUUAAUUGCUCGUUUGUUUUUGUUUUCGAUAACGUACGUUUUUUUUGACCGAUUCGUUUUGAAAAUGGGAAGAAAACAAACGAAUACAACUUGGUCUCUAUUGUCA